GGCGGUUAGUGGUGAGAGCGGUAUUAUAUAUAAAUAGAGAAUUCAAAGAGAGGCAGAGAAGUGUUUUAUCUUCCUUAAUUUUCUCUCUUUUUUUUCUCUUUCCACCAAUUCAGAUCUGAGAGAGAGAAAUUGUGUUUUGAAGAAGAAGGAGAAGAAAGGGUCAUUCAAUAGAAUUUUGGUUCCAAUGUCGGUGGUAUCGCCAUUAGCAAAAUAUAAGCUGGUGUUUUUGGGAGAUCAAUCUGUGGGCAAAACCAGCAUAAUUACUCGCUUUAUGUACGAUAAAUUCGACACCACUUAUCAGGCUACCAUUGGUAUUGAUUUUUUAUCAAAGACAAUGUACCUUGAAGAUCGAACAGUUCGCCUGCAGCUCUGGGAUACUGCUGGUCAAGAAAGAUUUAGAAGUCUUAUUCCAAGCUAUAUUAGAGAUUCUUCUGUUGCUGUAAUUGUAUAUGAUGUUGCCAACCGCCAAUCAUUUCUGAACACUUCAAAAUGGAUCGAAGAAGUACGCACUGAACGAGGCAGUGAUGUCAUUAUUGUUCUUGUUGGGAACAAAACUGAUCUUGUUGAGAAAAGGCAAGUUUCCACAGAAGAGGGAGAUGCUAAAUCUCGUGAAGUUGGAGUAAUGUAUGUAGAAACCAGUGCUAAAGCUGGAUUCAAUAUCAAGCCUCUGUUCCGAAAGAUUGCUGCAGCCUUACCGGGAAUGGAAACACUUUCAUCCACAAAACAGGAAGAUAUGGUUGACGUUAAUUUGAAGCCUACAACAAAUACAUCCCAAUCAGAGCAGCAAGGUGGAGGUUGUGCAUGUUAGAUUUGUACUUGAAGAGGAGGAAGAUGUCAGAAGUAGAA